CCCGUCAGCCCCGGCGAACGCGGCUGGGCCCUGGGGAUCGAGUCUCGGCACCGCCGUGGACAGGGCGCGGGGCGCGCCGCAGCCGGAGCGGGGCCGGGCCCCGCCGCUCCUCCUUCCGCCUGCCAUGCAUUCUUCCGGCUCCUCUGGCUCCCGUAGCCCCAGCCGGGGCCGGGCCAGCCCGAGGCAGCCGCGAGGGGAGUAGGGCGUCCGCGCGCCCGCUCGCGCCGCGCCUCGGCCGCCGCUGCCGGGUCCAUGACCGCGACCCCUCGGCCGGGGACACCCGCCGCCGCCGCCGCGCAGCACCGCGUCCCGGGCCGCCGACCCCCGGCCCCACCGUCUCCCGCGCUCCACCGCCCGCCGCCCGCGCCCGCCGAGAAAGACAGGACAGUCUCCAAUGUGAGAAUGGCUGUGACUUUGGAAGAAGCUCCGUGGCUGGGCUGGAUCUUGGUGAAAGCCCUGAUGAGAUUUGCCUUCAUGGUCGCCAACAACCUGGUUGCUAUUUCCUCCUACAUCUGCUAUGUAAUUGUGCUUCAGCCCCUUCGACUGCUGGACAGUAAGCGGUUCUGGUAUAUUGAAGGAAUCAUGUACAAAUGGCUUUUAGGAAUGGUGGCUUCUUGGGGAUGGUAUGCUGGAUAUACAGUGAUGGAAUGGGGGGAAGAUAUUAAAGCAAUUUCAAAAGAUGAAGCAGUAAUGUUGGUGAAUCAUCAGGCAACAGGAGAUGUGUGUACUUUGAUGAUGUGCCUCCAGGACAAAGGACUGGUUGUUGCUCAAAUGAUGUGGUUGAUGGAUCAUAUUUUUAAGUACACAAACUUUGGAAUUGUUUCUCUAAUUCACGGAGACUUCUUUAUCAGACAGGGAAAAUCUCAUCGUGACCAACAGCUUCUUCUUCUCAAGAAGCACCUAGAAAAUAAUUACAGGAACAGAGAUCGAAAAUGGAUUGUUCUGUUUCCAGAAGGGGGCUUCCUCAGGAAGAGGCGAGAAACCAGUCAGGCAUUUGCCAAGAAAAAUAACUUGCCAUUUCUUACACAUGUCACUUUGCCAAGGAUUGGGGCAACAAAAAUUAUUCUGAAUGCACUUGUAGCACGACAGGAAAAUGGAAGUCCAGCAGGAGGAGAUGCUAAGGAAUUAGACAGCAGAUCGAAAGGCCUCCAGUGGAUAAUAGAUACAACCAUAGCUUAUCCCAAAGCUGAACCCAUAGAUAUUCAAACCUGGAUCCUUGGAUACAGGAAACCAGUAGUCACACAUGUACAUUACAGGAUCUUUCCAAUUAAAGAUAUACCCCUGGAGACUGAUAACCUUGCUGACUGGCUCUAUCAGCGUUUUAUUGAAAAAGAGGACCUCUUAUCACAUUUUUAUGAAACAGAAUCUCAGCACUUCUUGGUCUCAGCUGAUCUGCCUAGAUUCACACAGCAGAGAGGGUUGAGAACUCCCUGCUGGACCCUGGUCUCAACGAGUCGCAGUGAGGGGAGCAUCUGCUUGGCCACAGGCAGGCGCAGUGACUACAGAAGUGACCACCCCAGCAGUUCAUGCUUAACUUCAGAAACUCUCAUUGGUGUUGAAAUAUACAGAUAUUGUGGAGAAACCUAUAUGCCAGUAGAAGGUAAAGGAAAAUUACAGAAUGGAAAAUGAUGUUUUGGGUGGGCAAACGAGUUGAGAAUCUAAAUAGUAGAUUUUUUUUAAAGCUAGCUCUGAGUUCAGAUCUGUCAUGUUAUUAAGUAGUUGUUAAUAUUACAACCAACCCUUAAUUUUCCACAGUAAAAGAACUAGAGAUUACUGGAUAGUUAAUCCAGUAAUAAGUCAUAGUAAGCCAAAAAUCUAAUUGUAUUUAGGUGUUUGAGUUUUUAUUAUCAUCAAACUUUUUUUCUUCUAGGGAUGCAUAUUAAUUUAAAAAAAUGAUUUGAGUUUAUUAGUUUCUAUUGCCUACAUAUUUAUGACUGUUAAUGAGUAGUGAAAAGAUUUGGAAAGACAGCUUCAGGAAGAGGAAACACAAAAGCCUAAAUAAUCCAUGGGCUAGAAAAGAAAUCCAUGAAUAAUCAAGAGUUGGCGGUAUUGUAAUUUUUCUCGAGCCUUUUUGUGAAAAUGAAACGUUAAAUCACCAAAUGUAAACCUCAGAACAUCCCUGUAGCGUUAAUAGUGUUUGGAUCAGUGUUAAGAAUGCCUCUCAUUCUUUGCUCACGUUACUCACUUCUGGUGGAUUUGUCUUAGUAACGUUUCUUGACAAUCACUUCCCUACAGACUGUUCUGAACUAUUGGGACCUGGUUAUAAUCGUAGAAAGUUAAUCAUGGAUAGCCUUAUUGGAUUCUUUUUAUAUUUAAGAAAAUUUUAUUUGCAUUGCUGAAUAGGAAGAGUCAGCUAUUUCCUUCAUUACAUAGGACCUCCUUCCAGAGUUACCAUUAUGAGUAUGUCAGCUCUGGUCCACAAAGGAUGGAUAAAAAUGGUUCUUCUUAUUUUUUUGCAAUGUAGUGCUGUGAAUUUUACAUCUGUUAACAUGAAAGGCAAAGUCAAAGCCACCCUGGGCAGCAAGUAUACUGGUUCACUUUAUGAGACAGUAGAGACUAAUACCUUUGGGACCAAAACCACCUAAAUUGGACAUUUCUCAGUCACAGAGGGGCCAGAUGUUCUCUGGAACAGUCGCUGGUUGGUGCUUUAUUGUAAUCAUUUUGCAUUGGUACCCAACAAUUAGGAACUGGACCCUGGGGAUAAGCUGAGGGUGCUGAACUGUUGGGGAAGGCUGACUGUAGCUAUAUGGAAAAUAAAAUAAGGGUUUUUCUGCAAAUUUCCAUUUGAGGAUUUUUACAUUUAAUAUUUUUUUAAAACAGUUAAAAGAGCAAAAAAAAGUUUUAAGUGUAAUCUACUUGCGAGGUAUGCACACAUAUUUUGAAUGGCUUUAUUUUUAUUGUGUAAAACUGUUGAACACAUGACUGUGAUGCACAAAUUCUUUACAUGUAAGGAGUCUAUGCAUUUUACAGUAACUCAUUUCAUGAUUGGGUAAUGAAACAGUUGUACAUUGAAUUGCCAUUGUUGUAUUAAGUGCUUUCAUUUUCUUUACAGUUAUUACAAAGCUGUAUUUAUUUUAUACAGGUGGAUUUUCAUUUUCCUGAUGCCAUAAUGUUUACUUUAGCUUGUUGACCUGUCUUUCUUUGUGUAUCUGCAUGUUGUAAUAUAUGAUAAGAAUGAAUGUAAAGGCUGUGGCAACUGUAAUUAAAUUUUGCAAAGGGCUGGUCACAUGUGGAUCUGGUUUAUGAACGCAUUUGGGAUUAUUUUCGUAACCAGAUCACCUUUUCAGAAAUUUAGAUGUGAACACCAAAAGAAGCAUUUUCUCAACAAAAAUUAAUAGCUGGUUCUAUUUUUUUUAACCUAGAAAAAAUAAAGUUGAUUUUUUUCAAGUAAA